AUGGCGCUUGUUAUUGGCAGUGACUAUGAUCUGCAGGGGGUGCCCGGUGUGGGUCUUCAGACCGCACUUGCAUUACGUGCAAUCGGUAAAGGAAUCUAUCCACCUGCAUCUUUCGCAUCUCAAUGUCCUAGCUUUGACAAGGCGCGUGAUCUGAAUUGGGGAUUCAAUGUCUGCAAAAGAUUAGCUGCUCACCCAAAUUUCCCAAAUGGGGAGAUAAUUAAACUAUAUCUAUGUGAUGACAAUCUGGAUACAGAAUGGGAUGUUCCAUCGCUUGUGUGGAAUAGGCAGCCUAAUGUUGAGGCUUUGGUCGACAUGUUAUCGUAUGGGAAGUGGGGGAAAUCAGAUAUCCGACGCCACAUGCUGCCGAUGCUAUCAACCAUUUAUUUACGCGAGAUGGCGUCUCCAUCCAAUUCCAAAUCACUGCUUCUUCUUGAUGAUGACCAGUAUGAAUUCCAUUCAGUUAAACGGAUCAAGAUAAUACAUGGCCAACCUUAUUACUUGGUCCAAUGGAAGAGCCAUGCUGACGAUCGUAUGUUUGUACAAACUGAUGAAGAUGUCCAGCUUGUGGAUGAGGCAUUUCCUAAUGAAGCCCGACGGCAUAAGUGGCUCAAAGGACGAGAGAAAUCAGGAGCAAACAGGAAUCGGUUGCUGGUGCCGAAAGAAGAGAAAUCAAGAUCCAAGCUUAACAUACUAGCAAACAACAUGUCCAAGACACGGAAAGGUGCAAGACCCAGACCCAGCUGGGUGCAGCUUUGCAUCAAGGAUUUCUACUGCUCGAAGAAGCCUCAUGUAGAAAUGGGCCAGACGUCGACAAGAAAAUCCUCACCCGUGUCUCAGCGACGCAACUUGAUGUUGGGCUGAAACAUAUAUCUCUCCUUGCUGCCACCGCGGCGGAGGCUUGCAUAUGUAUGUAUGGUAAAU